AUGCCAAAGAGUCCUAAAAUAUUUGAUCCGGAUGCGCCAGGAAUCAACAAGCAGGCGAUGCUCGAUUGGAUGCACAUAAAUCACCCGAUGACUCCUAUCAAGUCCGGUUCUAGUCAAGAUGAGGUUGCAAAGAAGGUGAAAGAGGUUCAGCCUCAAUACUUUGCUGUUCCGGGUGGAAUUAUUGGGCAACGUGGGAGUGGGACCCCAAACCAAACGAUCGAAUCCCAGGUUGAGUCUUCGACCUCUCGUCGGAAUGUGGCUCAAUUGCGGGCUAUCCUCUUCAAACAGAGCUCCUCCGUCAGAAAGCGGAGUCCUUCUCCAGUCGAUAACAAAGUGGCCCCACCAAAGAAACGCUCAGUGUCAGCAAAGCUGACCUUAUCCAAAAACUCGACUCGGCCUGUAACAAAGAAAAAGAGUGUGCAUUUUCACAAUACUCAACUCGCUGGGUCACAAGAAGGACAUCACGGUCAAUCAGCGACGCAAAAUGGCGUUCUCAAGCUCCCCCUUUCUCCCUCGGUUGAACCAAAAAAUCUCACGCUAGCAUCCGAUGCUCAAGUGCAUUACCAUCAUCCACUCGCUUUUGAUGAGGCUCUUCAAAGCAAUCAGACCCGCAAAGAUCAAAAACCUCGACUUCUAUCAAAUACUCAAGCAGCUGGAUCAUUCGUGUCUUCUCUCUCUGCAGAUUUAUUGCCGCCAAAAAUCACUCCAAUCAAAGUCAAAACCGAGAAAGAUGUGACACUUGCAUCAGAGGACCACAUCUCGCCUGAAGGAAAACUUACCAGUACACAUGAAGAGGAUCUCAUAGUCUUUACAGACAAGGAUUGGUUGGAAGCUGAUAAUAUUGUGAACGGCCGAGAUAUUGCGCCCAUAUUACCAGAUCGUUCAACAUCAGUGUUUUCAUCAACUGAAAAGAAAAGGACUGGAGUCGAAGUCUUCCAAGAUGAAAGACGACAAGUUGAUCAAAUUUCUGCAAUUGAAGAGCGUAUAAACGGUAUCGAGGUCAUAACAAAUGACUGGAAGAGUCUUCAAGACAAUAUGGAAAAUUAUAAAAACAAGGUUGAUGUGCGCAUCAAAGCCCUUGAAGAUGCAUUUCAAGACUUCAAAUCAUCGGUGGACAGUGAGGUAAAGAAGCUUAAAUAUGCUUUGAAGAAGGCUAAUGAGGAUAUCGAGGCUCAUGAUACAGUCUUGCAACGCAUGCUUUCCGAGGGAAAUGACGAUGAUGGACAUUCCGAAUAUGCAGAGAAUGAUCAAGAGGAAGAUGAAUCGAGCUGUGAAAGUGAAGACUUUUCUAGGAUUUGA